AAAGUUGAGUGAUUUUGAGUGAGUGAAUGCUUAAAAAGUUCUAAAGAAUUGGAACGGAAGUGCUGACAAGUAUUUAAGCGACUUGAUGAGCAAACGGGCUUUUCAUUCAGUCCCAAACUCGACAAAUGUAAAGAUGAAACACGGAGUUUUGCUGCUUUUUGUAGCAGUUUUGUACGUUUUGAGCCAAAAAGCUCUCGGAUUACGAUGCCGAACUGAUGAAGGAAUAUCCAGAGAUGACUCCCGACGAGUAACUAGAACUUGUAUGCGACGCAUAACGAUGGAAGACAGCGAAAAUUACGACGAAUAUGAGAAUUAUGACUCGAAUGAGAGUGGAAAUGCGGAUUAUGGACAAAAUUCGCACUCCAGAAACAACAAUCGAGGCAGAAAUAGUAACAACAGAGGCAAUUCCCAUCACAAUAAUCGCCGAAAUCAUCAUGAAAGAGGACAUAAUCAAGGUUAUGACUACGGAAACAACAGAAAUGGCAACCAAAAUUGGAAUGGAGACUACAACGGAGGUCGACGUUACAAGAGACAACUGUUAACUUACCCUUCUGGAAUGGCAUUUAGUCAAUAUAACCCCUUUGGAGGCAAUUCUGGGCCCGGAUAUGACUUCAAUCGGAACCAAUAUCCAUCCCAAAAUAGUAAUUUUGACUUUUUUCAAGGGUCGGAGAGUGGAAAUAACUAUAAUAAUCGAAAUAAUAACAACAAUUACAACAACCGAGGCAGUUACAAUGGGAACGACAACGCAAAUAAAUCGUGUUUGAUGCAAUGUUUCUUCGAAGAGAUGAAAAUGACGAGCAACGAAGGUUUCCCGGACAAGCACAAGGUCUUGCAUGUCAUCACUGAGGAGAUGCGCGACCGUGAAUUGAAGGAUUUCUACACAGAUUCCAUCCAAGAAUGCUUUCACAUACUCGACUUGGGUAACAAAAGUGACAAGUGCGAUUAUUCGCGGAAUCUUGUGACUUGUUUGAGUGAACGUGCCAAGAGCAAUUGCGACGAUUGGAAUGGAAAUAGUAGUAUUUUGUUCAAUUAGUGUGUGUU